AUGUCGAGGAAAAGUUCAGUCUACAAACCACCGCCGGAGAAGGAAGCGGCCGCCGCCGCCGCGUUGACGAACAAUUGCGUGGCGUUUAUGUUCGAUGAGAUCAGAUACGAGCUUAAUGGUGUAGAAAUCGAUCAAAAUCGCAACCCCAGUGUUGGUGAAUUCAAUUUUUGCGUACCUCUCCGCACAUUGCUGGGAUUCUGCGAGGACUACAAACGCGUGGUAAUCAACGCGAGACACGAACUUAUUCUGAUACGAUCGCGUAACGACAACAACAGCAUCUUUGCUUCGGCUAACAGCGGAUCAACGGUGGAAUUGCACAAGGUGCAGUGGCAAAUGCCACACGUUGUGUUAAAUGAUGUGAACAAAUUGAAGCUGUUGCGCACUCUGGAGAGCGGUCGAUAUUUAUCCAUGGGAUUUCGCUCGUGGAAUCUGUACGAGUACCCGCUGUUACAGAGCACGACGUCUCAUUCGUGGGCUGUAAAAGCGGCUACGCAGUUGAAAAAGCCGCGUUACAUGAUUUUUGCGUUGCAGACCGGUCGAAAGAACGUUGUCAGCCGAGAUUGCUUGCGGUUUGAUCAUUGCAACUUGUCCAAUGUAAAGUUGUUUCUGAAUUCGGAAUUCUAUCCUUACGAUGACUUGAAUCUGGAUUUUAGUAAGGAACGAUACGCCGUUUUGUACAAUAUGUACGUCAAAUUUAUAAGACCCUACAAACGCGACUAG